AUGCACUGGACACCGGAACACGCCCAGCCUCUCAACCAGUGGCCGGAGCAGCACCUGGACGUCUCCUCCACCACGCCGUCGCCGGCCCACAAGUUGGAGCUGCCCCCUGGCGGCGGUCGCCAGCGCUGCCACUACGCUUGGGCGCACGACGACAUCUCGGCGCUCACGGCCUCCAACCUGCUCAAGCGCUACGCCGAGAAGUACUCGGGGGCCCUGGACUCGCCCUACGAGCGCCCCGCGCUGGGCGGCUACGGCGACGCCGCCUUUCUCAACGGCGCCAAAGGGGACCCCGAGCCCUGGCCGGGGCCGGAGCCACACUACCCCCUGGCCUCGCUCCACGACGGCCUCCCCGGAACCAAGCCGGGCGGUGGGGGCGGCUCGGGGGGCCUCGGGGGCUCCCCGGUUCUAGCCGGGAACCUGCCUGAACCCCUGUACGCCGCCGGCAAUGCGUGCGGGGGCCCGGCGGCGGCGGCGCCGGAGUACGCGGCCGGCUACGGCGGCGGGUACCUGGCCCCCGGCUACUGCGCGCAAACCGGCCCCGCGCUGCCCCCGCCGCCCCCGGCCGCGCUGCUGCAGCCCCCGCCGCCCGGCUACGGCGCCCCGGGGCCGCUGUACAACUACCCCGCGGGGGGCUACGCCGCGCAGCCGGGCUACGGGGCCCCGCCGCCCGCCCCCUACCUGCCCUCGGGGCUGGCGGCGCCCACGCCGCUGCCCGCGCCCGCCGCCUACGGCUUCCAGGCCGCCGCGCCGGGGGCCGAGGCCGGGGUGUCGCUGAAGCGCAAGGCCGCGGACGAGGGCGCGGAGGGCCGCUACCGCAAGUACGUCUACGAGCCCCCCAAGGCCCCGGCGGCCGACGGCGCCGCCUACCCCGCCGCGGACCACGGCGACGGCCGGGGCAACGGGUUCCGGGCGAAGCCGCCGGGGGCGGCGGCGGAGGAGGCGGCGGGCAAGUUCGCCGCAGGCGUCCCGCUCAAGGCGCUGGGCUCCCCGGGCUACGGGCCGCCGCUCGAGCCCUUCGAGAAGUUCCCGGAGCGCGCGCCCGCGCCGGCUCCCCGGGCGGCCUUCGCGCUGCCGGCGGAGGAGCCCCUCAAGGCGGUGGACCCGGCGGCGCUGGAGCUGGCGACGAGCAAGAUGCUGGACCGCGGGCCCCCGGUGCAGUGGGCGGACGUGGCGGGCCACGGCGCGCUCAAGGCGGCGCUGGAGGAGGAGCUGGUGUGGCCGCUGCUCAGGCCGCCCGCCUACCCCGGCGGCCCGCGCCCGCCGCGGACCGUGCUGCUCUUCGGGCCGCGCGGGGCGGGCAAGGCGCUGCUGGGCCGCUGCCUGGCCACGCAGCUGGGGGCCUCGCUGCUGCGCCUGCGCGCCGCCGCGCUGGCCGCUCCGGGGGCCGCCGAGGGCGCGCGCCUCCUGCAGGCGGCCUUCGCGGCCGCGCGCCGCCGCCCGCCCGCCGUGCUGCUCAUCAGCGAGCUGGACGCGCUGCCGCCGCCGCCGCCGCCGCGGGAGGACGGCGCCGCCGCGGGCUCGCUGCUCGCGCCGCUCCUGGCCUGCCUGGACGGCGGCUGCGGCGCGGGGGCCGACGGCGUGCUGGUGGUGGGCACCACCUCGCGGCCCGCGGCCCUGGACGAGGCCACCCGCCGGCGCUUCGUGCUCCGCUUCUACGUGGCGCUGCCCGACGGCGCGGCCCGCGGGCAGAUCCUGCAGCGGGCGCUGGCCCGGCAGGGCUGCGCGCUGGGCGAGCGGGAGCUGGCGGCGCUGGUGCAGGGCACGCAGGGCUUCUCCGGGGGCGAGCUGGGGCAGCUGUGCCAGCAGGCGGCGGCCGCGGCGGGCCUGCCGGGGCUGCAGCGCCCGCUCUCCUACAAGGACCUGGAGGCGGCCCUGGCCAAGGUGGGCCCCCGCGCCACCCCCGAGGACCUGGACUCGUACGCGGAGUGGGACAAAAUGUACGGCUUCGGACACUGA